AUGCCGAUAGCACCGUCAUUAUCAAGUUCAGAUCUGACGGCAAGCCCAUAUGGUCCAAGUAUAGCAACCACAACCUCCUCAGCCCCAACAAGCGAGUCAUUUGCAUCAGCUGGAACCUUCAAGGCGACUGCAGGCACCCAUGCUCUCAUAAAGACAAGUGCGCCCACCUCUGCUCCUUCUGUGGCAGCAAAUGCCAUCACAUGUUCUCAUGGAUCUGCCGUUACAGACCCUCAAACUGAUGCUUUUGUGCAGGCGUCCCUUUCUCUUCCUCUUUCUUAUUCCGACUUUUCUUCUUCUAUCAUUCCUCGUCCCCCUCUAGCUUGUACCUCUUCUGAGGAUUCUCUUCUUUUUCACAGAAUCUUGCACCCAUACAAUCCUGACACCUUCGACUUUCUACUGCGCAAACAUGGCCUUUUUGACAGCUACCCUCUCCUUCCUUUCAACCUCUGCUUUGGGUUUCCUAUCAGGCACUAG